AAUUCGAAACCCUGCGCAUGUGCGACACGCAAUCAGCUGGAGCAGAAGAAAUGGCUCCUAGCACUCGGUCAGUGGUGUAAUUCGCUCAUUAACAGCAAAAAUUCCCUCGAAUUAUGUGAUAAAAACCACUUGGGGCACCUCCGACACAGCCCUGGCCAACGAGUUGUGAGUAGCGAUGUGAAGGAGUCUCCCAGCCCCCACGAUGGCCACCAUGAUGUACCCCACUUUGACCAAGUCGCAAAGCAUGCGUUCGAAGCGCAAGUCUGCAGUGGAGCUCCUCGCCGAGAGUAAGCCCUUCUACGUGAAGUCAGAAAUUGUGAGGGACACCACACAGGCCAUCCCCACGCGGCUGCCCAACCCGGGGCCCCUGGGAUACGGGGGCUACAACAGGAGCAAGUCGGUCAACGUGGCGCCCCACGGAACCAACUACAGGCCCACCACACUGCCCCAGUAUAUGGCCGUAUCCCCCUCCCGCUCCCUGCCACCCCUUUCGCACCGCCGUUCGGUGCAUUUGGGCAGCAACGACCUUCUCCAAAACAAAUUACGGCAGUUGUUAGUUUGUGAUAGUGCGGAGGAAUUAAGUGUCGAACAGAUGGCACCUCUGAGUCCUCCCGCCGAAUACGCACAAAGGUGUCACAAAAGCCUUCCAGAUCUUCACUGCAGAGCUGAACCUAGUUCGAAUAAAAGUAGCAACAAGAGUCUUUCCAAUAGGGACAGUGGGGGCUCCAGUGGACAUUACACGCAACGGAGCGAACCGGCACCGCCCCCGAGACAGUUUUUGCAGGACAGCCGUCGCGACUCCGGCUCCAGCACGCAGCAUAGCGGGGGCAGCUCGUACUACUGCUGCCAGGAGCCCGAUUGCCGCGCCCGGCAAGCUUACCCACCCCCCUCGACUUUCAAGCGUCAGAAAUGCCUUCGAUACAAACGUGAUCGGCCAAUCCUUCGCUCGAAAUCGGACAUCAGCGACCGGUAUUGGCGCCCCCCGGAGCAGCCGCCCACCAGCCACCUGGAGCAGUUCUUCGAGCACCUGGGGAUGACCAGCGACAGCUACGAGGAGAUGCUGACCAAUAGCCGGUCGUCGGAAAGCCCCGUCUUCUUCUCGGACGUCUCCACCGUGGACUCCAGCAGACCGCUCGACAAUGUCGAUUACUGCCCCUCGUCGUUCAGAACCAGCGAGCCGCCUUCGAUAGUCGAACGCAAUGCCCGCAUCAUCAAAUGGCUGUGUAACUGUCGAAAAUCGCAGUUGACGUGAACGUACAUUCCUCACAAUCACACAAAUGACGCGCGCGAAUUUAUACAUUCAUAGCAUUUUAAUUCUUUGGGGGGGAAGUACCGCAGUGUGGCACGAACAAUAAUUCGAAUCAAUCAAAGCGACUUGACACGUACCAAAAUUUCUGUUGUGAUAAUUUUUUGUUGUUUUAGGUAGGAGCGAAAAACGGGAAAGAAUAAACUGCUAUGAGGCGCAACGGACAGUUUAGCUCGAACAACGGUUUGUUGAGUGAAUUAAAUAUUUUUUAUUGUUCCAAACAUACUGUGCGUCUAGUAAAAACUAUCCUUAUCCAUUUUUAGUUGCAAAUUGCUCAAAUGAAACCAAAACUGCCUUUGUAAUUGUCGUGGCCGCCUAGGUCAUGCGAUUUGUAGUGAUAGUCGUUAUCAGUAUUUUAAUCAUUCCCUCCUUUUUAUUUCGAUGUUUCACUCGACAAAGAUUCAGACAAUAAGAGCUAAACUGUGCGUUGGCAUUCCCACAAUGUCACUGUUUUGACUCGUUGUGUGUUCUAAUGUAAUUAGAUGACUAAACUUUUUUACUUUGAGAAGUAGAACGAAUUUCUACGUGGAUCAAUAUAUUACUCGAUUAAAAGUGAUAACAAUAUGCUUAUUAAGAUACGAAUGUUUCUUCAAAGCUAUUAUCGAAUUCGUGUAUUGUGAAUAAACAUAAUCAGUGAUGAAUUAGCAAUGUUGAAUAUUUAAAUGUAAUCAUGUUUAAUUGUUUUCCUUACAUUCGCACGUUGAGGUGUCUGAUCUGUUUCUCUCUCACAGUAUUUUUUCGGCUUGCCUAAUCGUUUCUUAAAUAAUUUAGCAAUAAUCCCGAAUUAAUCAUAGGUUUUAUCGAGCUAACAGCUCCUGUUAAUCAGUUAAUUGAAAUAAUAUGUUUAACGUUUUUAUAGUUUGGGUCAAAUUAACACGAACGUGUUAAUUAAUCGCGAAUACAUGUGUACAUACAUAGUUAUAGCUUCUAGUUAAGUACCCAUGUAAUGGACUGCUGUUAGUUACGGUGCUGUGCAUCGAUUCUGUCUAGUCUGUACUUAAAUUCUCAUUGUUUCAAUAUAGAGCAUAGCUAUGUUUACUUAAUUCUUACAAAAUAUAUUAUUCUGCAAUA